AUGACGGAAAAUACUGAUGGAGAUAAUAUUUGUAAUCGAACGGCAGGAUUAGUUGUCGAAUUUGAACAAUCACGUGAUCCUGAUUCAACUGAAAUUGGUCGACAAUUUAAUAAAUUACAACGAACUAUGAUGAAAAAUAAAGAUAUAUUAUCUUGUAAUGAAGGUAUAAAAUCAAUUAAUCGUUUAAAAAAUCGUUAUAAAGAUAUUUUACCAUAUGAUAAAUAUCGAGUUAUUCUUCCAUUAGAUAAUGAUUCUGAUUAUAUUAAUGCAUCUUUUAUUGAAGAUCUAUAUGGUCAUCGUCGAUAUAUUGCAGCACAAGGACCAAUUGAUACAUCAUUAAUAGAUUUUUUUCAUAUGAUUUGGAAUUUUCAAAUAACAUCAAUUAUUUGUACAGCUAAUGAUAUUGAAGCUGGACGAAUGAAAUUUCGUCGUUAUUGGCCUGAUGAUGGAGAAUCACUUCAAUUUGGUUCUUAUCAUAUUACUAAAGAUGUAUCAAAUGAUAAAACUUAUCGUUGUAAUGAUUAUGAAAUAUAUUCAUUAAUAAUUACUCGAGAAGAAAUUCAACGACAUAUAUUACUUUAUCAUGUUUUACAUUGGUUUGAUCAUGAUAUACCUAAUGAUGAAUCAUCAAUACUUGAAUUACUUUCACGAGUUUAUCAAGAUCGAAAUUCUUCAAUAGAUUCACCUAUACUUGUACAUUGCAGUGCUGGUUGUGGUCGAACUGGAAGUUUAAUUGCAAUUGAUCUUUGUCGUUUACUUUUAAAUGAUGAGCAUUUAUUUUUUAGUAGAGAUUAUCAACCUUAUCCUGUAUUUAAAAUAGCAUCACAUAUUCGUCAAUUUCGUAUAGCAUUAAUUCAAACACUUAAACAAUAUUUAUUUGUACAUAAAAUGUUUGCAUGUAUGAUGAAAAUACAUGAAAAUAUUUUAUUAUGUUCGAUAUUAAAUAAUAAUGAAGAUCAAACAUUAGAUUCAUCCUUAACUACAACAUUAUCACCACCAACUACCUUAGUAUCUUCAUCACGUCGUCAAUCCGGACCAUUUCAGAUAAUACUUCGUAGUCCACCCAUAGGUCGUCGUUUAUUUAGUGGUAGUAAUAAUUCAUCACCAACAAAAUCUCCAUCAGAAUUUUUUUCUUCACCAUCAAAAUCUUCAUCACUUAAUGAUACAUCACAAAUAUCUGAACGAUCACUUAUGUCAUCUUGUUUUCUUCAAAUAAAUACAACAAAUACACAUAGUGCAGAUCAAUUAAUUCAUUCAAAUGAAACAAGAUGUAAUCAUAUUCGAUCAAGACAAAGAGAAUCAAUAACUCGUUCAGAUUCUGUUGAUAUUUAUUCAAUUACAUCUUUAAUACAUCAUCAACAACAACAGCAACAAUUUUCAAAUGAUCAAGGAGCUUAUUCAGAUUAA